AGCGGAUCACAUCCCACCCUAGGAAAUGCCAAUGUGCCAUUUCCAAAGUAUCCCACGCAUCCUGAAAACAAAGCGGGCCGGAGGGUGGGAGUUAAAGAGAGAAGUGGGAAGGAGGAUUGGAAGCUUGUAAAGGAGAAGAAAGAAGCAAUGGUUAAAAGCUGAGCCUGGUGCAGAGCGGAAGGGAAGCGGCGGCACAUGUGUGCGCGUGUGUGUGCACUUGUACAAGGGCAUCUGCGCAGCUCUGCAUAAACAAACAGAAAAGCAGAAGUCGGUGGUAGUGAAUUAGCAGUUAGGGACUGUAGAAAAUCCAUACAGGAAGCAAAACAAAAGAGAAAUCUCAGGCCACGGGGGCUGAGGACGCUGAGAGGGCACUUUUCAAAUAGAUGAAGCACAGCAAGAAAAGUGUGCAAUAGCUGCGAGCUGGGACAGCUGCCUGUGGGAAGGAGGGCAGGCACUGAGCUCUGCCGAUCACUGGUUCGUGCUCCGAAAAAAAGGCAGAAGGUGCAAUUAUGCAUGAAGCAACGGCUGGAGGAAUUAGAAAUCAACUUUUAAGCGCGGCCACCUCGCUGGAGCCACGGCAAUGAAUGGGCACACUCUGCCAGCCGGCACGCCAGCGCAUCCCCGGGGCUGGCAUGAGUUCUGCGAGCUGCACGCCAUCAGCACCGCCAAGGAGCUGGCACGGCACUACCUGCGCUUCGCCACCGAGCACCCGCACCAUGACCUCCUGGCUGCCGAGAACUUCUCGGUGCAAUUCACCGACCUCUUCCAGCAGUACUUCUGCCAUGAGGUGAAGGAGGGCUUCGCCAUGAACCAGCUCCGCAUCCUCCCUGCUGGCCCUGCACGGGAUUACCGGGAGACGCACCGGCGGCACAUGGAUGCCUCCUUGGGCACGGUUACCACUAAAGCUGAUGCAGAGCCAGGCGCUCACCCCGAGCAGCCCAGCCGAGCCCCAGAGGCUGCUCCAGGAGGGCUCCACAAGUCCUGGAGCUCAGAGGAGCUGGCGGGACCAGCACGGCGGCCCUUUUCGCUCAGCCAGCUGCGCAGGAGCUGGCGCAGCUUCUUCCGACGCCGUUCCUCGGAUGCCAUCCCUGGGGAUGGCGAUGGGGAGGCGGUGGCGGAGGCAGCUCUCAAGCCGGGACUGGGCAAGCGCAUCCUGCCGUGGGGGCUGUCGCGGGAGCAGCCCCCCGAGGUGCGCAAGGAGGGGCUCCUCAAGUACGGGCUGUUGGACGAGACCUCCCUGGACAGCGGGACACGCUGGCAGCGCUGCCGCCUGGUGCUGCGGCGAGCGGGGACCUCUGACAACGAGGAGUACGUGCUUGAGCUCUUCGACCCACCCAAGAGCUCCAAGCCGAAGCUGCACACCGUCUGCUCCACCAUCCAGGAGGUGCGGAGGUGCACACGCCUUGAGAUGCCUGAUAACAUCCACACCUUCGUCCUCAAGGUCACCAACGCCACCGAUGUCCUGUUCGAGGCCGGGGAUGAGCAGCAGCUCAGCUCCUGGAUGGCUGAGAUCCGGGAGUGUGCGCGCAGAGGGUCCGAUAUGGGUGACCCCGAGCUCCUGGCAUGCCGACACCCCAACCCCGCGGCCAGCAGCCCCACCACCAGCCCCGACACCCUAAGCCAAGGGGCAACGCCAAGGGUCCCGGGGGAGGCGGCGGGGCCGAAGACGGAGCAGUUCCUCUCCUCCUGCCCCUGGUUCCACGGGCCCAUCUCCCGCGUGAAGGCAGCUCAGCUGGUGCAGCUCGGGGGGCUGGAGGGCCACGGCGUCUUCCUGGUGCGGCAGAGCGAGACGCGCCGCGGCGAGUACGUGCUCACCUUCAACUUCCAGGGCAGAGCAAAGCACCUGCGGCUGGCGCUGACGGAGCGGGGCCAGUGCCGCGUCCAACACCUCCGCUUCUCCUCCAUCGUGGAGAUGCUGCACCACUUCCAUCGCUAUCCCAUCCCGCUGGAGUGUGGGACGGCCUGCGACGUCCGUCUGUCCAGCUACGUCGUCGUCCUCCCGCAGCCCCAAGCUCCCGGCUCCGGCAGCACAGUCCCUCUUCCCCUGCCUGUUCCCAGCUGGAGCCCCGAAUUCAGCCUGACCCCCAUCGGCUCCUCUUGCCCUGACGAGACCCCCCCGGGUUCCCCGACGGAGCAGAUCUUCCACCUGGUGCCGCCGCCGGCCGAGCUGGCCCAGAGCCUGCGCCUCAGCGGGGCGACCGCGGCUCCCGGCUCCCGGCACCACGAUUCGGACUACGAGGCAGAGGCACCGGGCCGGGGCCACGUCCGUGCCAUCGACAACCAAUACACGCCGCUCUGACAGGUGCCCCGCCGGCACCAGGAUGCACUUUCACGUGGAGACAUCCUAGAGACCUUCCAGGUGUCCCAUCGAAAGAAAGAAUGUACCUAAUUUCUUCCUCUGGUUAGGGAUAAUUAUUAUAUUUUUAGGAGGAAGGGGGUAAUUUUUCACUCCAGUACGGGUGUUGCUCCCUCUCUUCGGCCUGUUAAAGGGCCUUUUAUUUUUAUUUUUUGUUGUUAUUAUAAAAGCUUUCUUGUUACUGUUUACACAUGCUGCUCCGGCCUGUGUCCCUCCGUGCCGAGCAUCGCGCCGUUGGGCUCAGUCUCCCGCCUGCCCCUCGCACCACAGCGCCCAGCAAAGGACAUGGGAGUCUCGUGUCACACCCGUAUCGCAGGAGAAAGGGAAAACAACCCGAGUGGAUUAUAAAUUCAUUGACCAGUUGCUGCUCCGGGCUGCGUGCAGGCAAAGACGAGCCCCAUCCUCCCGCCCCAGCACACGCUGCCACUGCCAAACCCUCCAGCAAAGCCCGACCUGUUGGAGCUGAGCUCCUGCGUUGGGCAGAGAUGACGAUCGCGAGCAGAGUUUGGGCUUUCAUUUUAGAUGAUAAGGCAAAAACUGGCUUUUCUUGCUCUUUUUCUUUUAACCCAGCACAGUUGCAGUCACUCCCUGCAACAGCCAGAAACGUACUUAUCCCAUUAGCCUUGCUAAUUAAGACGUGAACACUAACUGCUCCACCAUUAAUAAUGUCACCAGCUGAGAACUAACACCAAGGCUGACAGCAAACAACUCCUCCCAGUGACGGAGGCGUUUUAUGCCAGUGAGAGAAACAUUUUAGGUACAAAUCUGAAGUGAGUAUUUUUUUUUCCCCCCCCGAAACAUUUUUGCAUCAGCAGUUGCCUGCCCCGCUCUCACUUGCCUUUUGGUUUUCCCCCUAAAACACUGUGUGCCCAAGAGUUUGGUGAGAUUUAAAGCUAUGCAAGAGCCUCUCGCAGGUGAGGAGCUGCCAUCCCUGCCUGGAGGAGAAGCCUCAGAGCCCGCAGAGGGGCUGCACCCCCAAUGUGCCUUGGCUGGAGGAGGCCACUGGGGCAGCACCUCAAGGGCUGUAAUUAGCCACACUUUCUCUCGUUCUCAUCUUGCUUUAAAAGCUUUGGUGUGCACAGAGCAGGAUGUACCUCCCAUGGGAACAUGCAGCCAAUCCUUGGGGUGCGUGGCUGUGCCCCAAACCCCGCUGCUGUGUCCAGGCUCUGCUGCCGUCGGUGCCACCGAGCCCUGGCGCGGCUUUACCUGCUGGCAUUGGGGCAGCCGAGAGAGAGAGGAACUUCUUCUUAGAAGCUGCCGUUAUUUUAAGAAUAAGGAAGGGGCAGGAGCUGUUGCGACACGCCGGAGGGGAUGUUCAUAGCACUCAACUUCCAGAUUUCUCAGCACAGCCCGCACGGCACUCCCUGGGAUUUCGGAUGCAAAACUUGCCUUGAAAUUCCCUUAGAGAGUCUUUCAUUUUUAUUUUUCUUGAAAUUGCACUAGAGGUGGGAGAACUUCAGGACCAUUAAUAAUUAGGAAUUAAUUUGAAAGCAAGCAAAUAAAAAGCUCAGUGGAAGUUCAAUUUAGGGAGUUUUGGAUGAAUCCACCCUCUAGGCAAGGCUUUGCCAUCAAGGCAGCGUGUGGUGAGCAUGGUUGGUAGACAAAGCCGGAGGAGCCAAGCUCUGCUCAGGGUCGGGAAUGGAAGGGCAAGAUCCUGGCACUGGUGCGCAGGGCUGGGCCAGAAAGGGCUAAGAUACAGCACAGACAGGAGCCAGGAUGGAAAUACCCAGGGCCAAACACAGCACAGGGAGCAGCCGAGAGAGCACAGCUGGUUUUGUAAGUUAAUAGAGUAUGAGGGCUGGGAGAAAUGGGAUACCAUCGACUUAAGAAACCAUUCAGGAUUUGCAUUUUGUGCCUCAUCUCCUGCCCCAGCCCUCUCCCGGGCUGGCUUUGUGCAUUUAGAGCAGGCAACAUCUCUCUCCUGCCUUCCCCCGCCCUUUCUCAGUUUUAAAACAACUUGAAAAGGGAUGCACAGGGAGGAAUCCUGCAUUUCAGUGGAGACCAACAUUGUCUGGUGCUCAGCACAUGCUGUCACACACUUAUUCUUGAAACUGGAGCAUUAAGAGCAAAUUGCACUGCUCGGUGCUGCCAAACCCAGUGAGACUGCUGGAGAAACAAAGGCAGCCCUGUCCUCAGCUGGAGCUCCUCGGCUGGAUCCGCAUCCCUUUUUCCUCCCUAGACCAGCACAAAGGCUGCACCCAAUGGCAGGAGUGUGUGUAGCCGGGGCUGGUUUGUGCCAGGCAAGUCAGCUCUCUUCACGACUAAUAAAUGACUCCCCGUGGUCUUGCAUUUACAGGGAUGAAGAGGGAGAGGGGAGGAAGUGUAGCCCGAGUUGUGAGCCCCUUUGCCUGCUGGGUGCAUGGUUCUUGGAGCAUGCACGCCUUGGAAAACACUUGCACAUGCUAAAUCUUGCAAAGGUUAAAAAGCUGAUUUUAUUCCCGCUGCGCUCCAGGCAGCCCCAAAAGCUUAGGGGGGGCUCGUCCAAAUCACCCAAUGCUCAGAGCAUCUGCAACAAAGAAUGGGCUGGGAAAAGGGGUCGCCAGGCACAGCCCAUGCCAGAUGAAUCGGAUGCUGCUGCUGCGAUGGGCUGUUCGAGGUGCCGGGCUUAUUGUCCGAGUGCAAACAAUCGAACAUGCACACACGCACACGUGGUAUUUUUAACCUGCAGUUUAAUAGCAAGAGGUUUCCCUGUAGUUUAAAUGGAAAUUGCUGUGCUGGAUUAGCAAAAUAUACAUUGAAUUCAUUAUCGUCCCGUCAGCCACUUCACCUGGGCAAACAAACUCGGGUGGAUGUGAACGCCUGUUUUCCCUACUGGAGCAGUGGGAAAGUUGCUUGGAUUAUUUAAUAGAGUUAUUUCCUUCUCAGACCUCCCCAACAAGGGAGCCAAGGGCCGGGCAGCCUCCAGCCCCACCGUUGCCCUCUAUUAGUUCUCUGCUCUGCUGCAGUAUGAACCCACUGGGGUCCUGACUCCGGCUGCACUGGGACCUGAGCAGUUUUGGGGCUGUUUCCCCGGCUCUUGGAAGGCUGAGUUUGAAAUCUCGUUCCUCCUAGAAAGCAUCUGGCUCGCGACACAGGUCAGAACCUGACAGGCAGCCCCACCUCCGCUCCUGCCAGCACACAUUAAUCCCGCCUGUAAGGUACUCUUUAUUCCAGUAGCAGGCAAAGAGCAUUAAGUCAUUCCAUUAGAAAGAUAUAGGAAUAUAAGCAACUGAAGGAAUUUAUAUAUUCUGAACAUUGGGAAAAGAGUUUUGAGUGGAGGGGAAGCCAAGGGAAGAACCCCCGGCACAGUGGCGUGCCGCAGGUAGAGCUGCCGCCUGGCUCCCAUGGAGGAAAACAGCAUUUCUUAGAGUUGAAAUAAAGUUGGAUGUGGCGACCAAGGUCCCAGCUUGUGCCCCGGCCCUGGAGAUGGGCACGUGCAACAGGAGCUUGGAUCCAACACAACAAAGCCUCGACCCCUCCGGCAGCGAUGCCGGGUGCCUUUGGUGAGGCUCUUUAGGGAGGGAAGCCCCAUCUCAGCCAGCUACUCAGAACAGUUUUUGGCAAUAAAGAUGCAAACCAGGCAGUGCCUUAACUUUCUCUGACAGCAGGGACCUGGCUUAGCGCAUAAUCUAAGGCUUGGAUCCAGCCAGAACUUCUCCACCUUAUGCUUCGGAAAACAGAUGCUGUUUGCUGACAGACCCUCCCUAGCAGUGGGUUUCGUGUAUCCCUGUGGGUUCUGAAGAGGUUCAUGACAUGAAGCGUUAUUUAAAUCUCUUCCUCCCUCCCUCCUGCAUCCCAGCCCUGAGGAACAGCACCAGCUCUCCAGAGCAGGUUACCAAACACUGGCACCACAAUUCCCUCACUGAUGGGUUUUCCAUCAGAACUAUUUUGGGGGAAAGCUUCUAGGAAGAGGUCCAGAGGGAGGCUGAAACUAAUUUCUUCCAGCCUCCAGCCCGCAGAACACUGCUGUCACCCAAACAAUGCAGUUUAACAAACAGAUAAAGCUUCAAAUCUUGACUAACAGGUUCAAAUAUUCCAAGUUUUAAUUUAAGAUUGUUCGAUGCAAACAGACCCAAUCUUCACCAGCAACUACCGGAGGCAGGGAGGCGACUGCACAUUCUCUAACUCAGCCUUUAGCAGGAUGAUUAAAGCCAACAGUUUGUUGGAUGAAAAACAUAUUAAUUUGAAAGUUCUACUUCUCACCUGCACAGAAGAGUUCUUCAUGUAUAGGAUUUUCUAUGUGUUGUUUCUGUAUGUACUGUACAAGUAACUUAUUAUUGAAUAAUGCAAUUUUACCAUAAUAUAAAAGAAAAUCUGCUCUAAAUAAACUGUUUUUAGAACUUGUUUCUCACUUUUCUAGUCUUUAGUCUGACGCUCUAGGUGCCUGGAUACCAUUUUAACAGGUACUGAAUUAAUGGCUGCCAAAAUACAGAAACUCUUCCCUCAGGAAGGAAAAGCAAACCCAUAGCUUGUGUGAGUCAUGGAAUCACUUGGUUGGAAAAG